CUCACCAAGCCGGAAGCAACAACACAGGAGACCAAGCAAAUCAAUGGCGAUGACACCCUCAGCAUCCGCCGUCUCGUUCUCCGCCCGCCCGUCGGUGCGAACCACGACGUUCCGGCCGCGCGCCUCCGCCUCCACCUCCGCGGACACCAAGCGUGUCCGCGCGGGAGCCCCCGAUGGAGGCAAGUGGUGGGCGCCGCUGGUCGGGUGGUCCGGGCGAGCGGACUACCUCGAGGCCGCGACGCCGGUGGUGGCGGAGGAGGAGGAGGACAAGGCGGGGAGGUCGUUCGUGGGCAGGCUGACGGAGGAGAAGGCGCGGCAGCUGCGUGCGCGGAUGGCGGAGAUGGAGAGCUUCCAUGACGCCAUGUACCACUCCGCCAUCGCCUCCCGCCUCGCACGGACCGCCUAGGAACCUUCCAACCAGCUCGCCGGCACCGUCAGACAGUCUGAAGAGCCCGUGCGUGCCAGCGUACAUAACUGUUCCUCCCUACCUGUACAGAAGCGGGUAGCCUACUCGUACAGAAGCAACCAGCCCACACUCGCCGACACCACCAGAGACUAGACAAGCUGAUGUGCCCGCGCGCGUGAAAAUACAGUUAGGAAUCAAUUAGUAUAGUUUAAGGCUAACGAGGCAGUUAUUAGAUUCCUAGCAUAUUCUACUUAGUGUAUGUACACUGGUUACAUGUCAUAAUAUAA